AUGGAAUCUCGGCGUCAUCUAUACACAAAAAGGGACACGCGAUUUCUGGCGGCACCAGUGUGGUUAGAAAUUUUGAGUCACUUUGGCUACAUGAAGGUUAUAAUCAUACACAGUUCCGACACGGACGGACGGGCCAUGCUGGGUCGCUUUCAGACCACUUCACAAACCAACUACAACGAUGUCGAUGUGCGGGCGACGGUUGAGUCGUGCGACGAAUUCGAACCGAAGCUGGAUAGCUUUAGCUCGUACCUAAUGGACAUGAAGACGGCUCAAUCACGUGUCUACCUACUAUACGCAAGCCAAGAGGACGCGCACGUUAUAUUCCGCGACGCUGCCAUCCACAACAUGACCGACUAUGGGCACAUCUGGAUCGUGACCGAGCAGGCGCUCAGUGCCAACAACACCCCGAUCGGAAUUAUCGGACUGAAGCUGAACAAUGCAGAAAACGAAACCGAUCACAUCAAGGAUGCUAUCUACAUUCUGGCAUCCGCCAUCAAGGAAAUGACGGUGAACGAAACCAUAACCGAAGCGCCAAAGGAUUGCGACGAUUCGGGUGCCAUUUGGGAAUCGGGUAAACGCUUGUUUGGGUAUCUGAAGACGCGCAACAUUCGCGGGCAGACGGGCCAAGUAGCGUUCGACGACAACGGUGACCGUGUGUACGCCGAGUACGACGUGAUCAAUGUACACGAGAACCAUUCCUUCGUAAAGGUUGGCAGUUUCCAUUACGAUUCGAUGCGCAACAUUCGUGGGCAGACGGGCCAAGUAGCGUUCGACGACAACGGUGACCGUGUGUACGCCGAGUACGACGUGAUCAAUGUACACGAGAACCAUUCCUUCGUAAAGGUUGGCAGUUUCCAUUACGAUUCGAUCUUUAACGCGUGA